AUGUCAACUCUACUGCGGAGGGUUAGGUCAACUGUGGCCGUCUUCGACCCGCCGAGCCCGCAUCAAAAUAAUCAUCAACAUCAGUGUGCAUUGGAUCCGGCCGAUCGUCCAAGCAAUCCAGCAAAGCGACUGCGACUGCGCAAAGCUUCUCAGCACCACCGCUCCAAUCCAGACCUGCUUGACGUGGGCCUGAAUAAGAGCACCCUUACUUUACGCCAGACCCAGCAAAAUCCUGAGCACGGCCCUCUCACCGAGUUUCGACGCCGGCUUGCGAGAAAAGCCUCGACGUUUAGUUUGAGAGGCAGACGUCGGCAGGGCGAGCGCGAUCAGGCCGAAGUGAUCAAGGAAGAAGUGCAGAUUAGAGAAUUGGCCUUGGUGGGAAGCGAAAAGGGGAGCACCAAGUCGCAGGAACACCGAGACAGGGCACCCCAAGAGACCAGAUUCGAAGGCGAAGAGCAAGCGUCAAGACCUGCAGGGAGCCGGCCAGGCGAGCAGCCAUACACAAGAGAGUCCGCGGCGACCACAGUCGUCCCUUGCGACCCCCUUACAUCCCUCUUGUUCAAGGAACAUCCGUCCCUCCCCAUAGCGGACAAUCCGCCUGAGGCCUCCCCUGGGUUGCAGGAUCUCAUUCGCAAGACCCAAGAAACCUACAUCACCAAAUACGUGGCAGGAGGAAAGAUCUCAGGCAAGCAAAUGGCGUCGCAACAAGCCCCCCCUCCCGUGGCCUACAGCCGGCUGAAGGAGAUCACAGAGAAGGCAUGCGAAGCUGCCCUUUCAGGGGUAACGUCUUACUCCCACCCGGACACUGAACGCUGGAAUACGACGAUAAUCAACAGCAUCCUAGGGGCCCUCGUGGAAGAGACCACGGUAACAUCCGCUUCUGGUUCCAUGCCGAACCAACCACAGUUCAAAUACGUGGUCAACAGCACCAUCAUCCAGCACGCGGCUUCAUCCCCGGCCUCGGCAGGCGACGACACCAAGAAAACGAGUGGUCGUCGAGGCAUGCACGCGGCAAGUGGAGCUUACUGGAACAACGAAAAGGAUGGCAUGUGGAGCUUCAAGUACGCUGGCGCUGAUAGCAAGGGGUUGGAUGUUGUCGUUGGUGUCAUCUGGGUCUGGGUCGGGUAG